UUAAGUCGCAUGACACAAGCAUCAGGAUGGCGGAGAGAGGGGGAUGUGCCAUUCUGGAGACAUUGCCGGUGGAGAUCCGGGAGAGCCUGGCGGAGCUGGAGCUGGAGUUAUCUGAAGGAGACAUAACUCAGAAAGGUUAUGAGAAGAAGAGGGCCAAGCUUCUGGCUCGCUUCAUCCCACUCAUUCAAGGGGUAGAUCCUUCUUUACAAACAGAAGCUAAACUCUUGGGUUCAUCACAAAUUACGACAACCACCAACAAGCAGCAGAGGUCUCGUUCCACCAGUUCAAGGGAUGAGCGGUUUCGAUCUGAUGUUCACACAGAAGCCGUGCAAGCAGCUUUGGCCAAAUACAAGGAGAGGAAAAUGCCUAUGCCUUCUAAAAGGCGCUCAGCUCUUGUCCACUCUUCUCUAGAGACCUACACCCCACCAGACACCUCGUCAGCUUCGGAGGAUGAGGGCUCAUUGCUCCGUCAGGGACGCAUCACAUCCACUCCGCUUCAAGGUCAUUCCAGCGUAGAGCCCUGGAUUAGCAGAGUAACCCAGGGCUCCUCCACCUCAUCAUCAGCAUCUUCCACCUCAUCCCACCCAGGAGCCAAGCCUGCCGCCUCCAACAGCUGCCCUGUCAUCGCAGCUGCUACCAUGCUGGCAGACCUCAUGGCACAUGCCCAGAUAGAGAGUGUUUCUGCUCCACCUGACGUGACUACGGGACUCCUAGGAAAUUCUCUUCAUGAGCGUCCACAGGUGGCAUCUGUUCGUGGCGUGCCACGGGGGUUCAACAGCAGCAUAUUAGAAACAGCAGAUGGUGUGCCAGUAAACAGCAGAGUCUCGUCUAAAAUUCAACAGCUUCUCAAUACAUUAAAAAGGCCAAAGCGUCCUCCACUCAGAGAGUUCUUUGUGGAUGAUUUUGAAGAGCUCCUGGAAGUUCAGCAGCCAGAUCCCAACCAACCAAAAUCUGAAGGUGCAGAGAUGGCACUGCUUAAAGGUGAACCCCUGGGAGUCGUUUCUAACUGGCCUCCAUCGUUGUUAACUGCUCUUCAUCGCUGGGGGACUACUCAGCCCAAAACCCCAUGUCUUACUUCCUUGGACACCACUGGGAAAGCAGUAUAUACUCUCACUUAUGGGAAAUUAUGGAGUAGAAGUGUUAAACUGGCUUACACUUUAAUGAACAAGCUGAUCAACAAGAACGAAUCUCUUCUUAAACCAGGAGAUAGGGUGGCGCUUGUAUUUCCCAACAGUGAUCCUGUUAUGUUUAUGGUUGCAUUUUAUGGAUGCCUCCUUUCAGACCUUAUUCCUGUGCCCAUUGAAGUGCCACUGACUAGGAAGGAUGCCGGCGGCCAGCAGAUCGGAUUCCUCUUGGGUAGCUGUGGGGUGUCACUUGCUCUUACCACUGAUGUCUGCCAAAAAGGACUGCCUAAAGCUCAAACUGGGGACGUUGUGACAUUCAAAGGCUGGCCUCGCCUGGCAUGGUUUGUUAUUGAUGGAAAGCACUUAAUGAAGCCUCCCAAAGACUGGCAUCCACAUAUCAGAGAUGCAAGCAAUGAUGCAGCAUAUAUAGAGUACAAAACCAGCAAAGAGGGCAGUACCAUGGGGGUCACUGUGUCUCAGUCAGCCAUGUUGGCUCAUUGCCAUGCCCUAACACAAGCCUGUGGAUACUCAGAAGCGGAAACAUUGAUUAAUGUCCUGGACUUUAAGAGAGAUGCGGGCCUGUGGCAUGGAGUACUUACUAGUGUUAUGAAUCGCAUGCAUGUAGUUAGCAUCCCAUAUGCACUGAUGAAGGUGAAUCCAUUGUCUUGGAUUCAAAAGGUCAGCGCCUAUAAAGCUCGUGUUGCACUAGUGAAAUCUAGAGACAUGCACUGGUCACUUUUGGCACAGAGAGACCAACGGGAUGUGAGCCUCGGUUCCCUACGAAUGUUGAUUGUGGCUGAUGGUGCAAACCCAUGGUCUAUCUCAUCUUGUGAUGCCUUCCUUAACGUCUUCCAGUCUCGUGGUCUGAGGCCUGAAGUGAUUUCUCCUUGUGCCACCUCAUCAGAAGCACUCACUGUAUCCAUGCGCAGACCCCCAGAUAUGGGUGGAGUUCCUCCUGGAAAGGCAGUAUUAUCAAUGAAUGGGCUCAGCUAUGGUGUCAUUCGAGCAGACACAGAGGAGAAGCUUUCUGUGCUCACUGUACAGGAUGUGGGACAAGUGAUGCCUGGAGCCAGCAUGUGCGCCGUGAAGAUGGAGGGCACUCCAUAUCUAUGUAAGAUAGAUGAAGUAGGAGAGUUGUGUAUGUCCUCCAGCUCCUCAGGGACUGCGUUCUAUGGACUCCAUGGGAUCACCAAAAAUAUAUUCGAGACAAUUCCACUUACCUCCAAUGGAGAUCCUGUCUCUAACCAGCCAUUCACGAGAACUGGGUUAAUGGGAUUCAUUGGACCAGAACGGUUGGUGUAUGUCGUGGGGAAAGUAGAUGGCCAGAUGGUUGUCAGUGGACGCAGGCACAGUAGUGAUGACGUGGUAGCAACAGCUUUGGCUGUGGAGCCCAUGAAGUUUGUUUACAGAGGAAGGAUAGCUGUGUUUUCAGUUAACGUGUUACAUGAUGAAAGGAUUGUGCUGGUGGCAGAACAGCGUCCAGACUCCUCAGAAGAAGACAGCUUCCAGUGGAUGAGCAGAGUCUUGCAGGCAAUAGACAGCAUCCAUCAAGUGGGAGUGUACUGCCUGGCACUGGUACCUGCAAACACUCUUCCCAAAGCACCUCUGGGUGGGAUUCACAUUUCAGAAACUAAGCAACACUUCUUGGAGGGUUCUCUCCACCCCUGUAAUGUUCUCAUGUGUCCACACACCUGCGUCACCAAUCUGCCCAAACCGCGACAGAAGCAGCCAGAUGUGGGUCCAGCUUCUAUGAUUGUGGGAAACCUGGUGGCUGGAAAACGAAUUGCACAGGCUUGUGGGAGAGAUGUCACCCAGCUUGAAGACAAUGAUCAGGCAAGGAAGUUCCUGUACUUGGCUGAUGUCUUACAAUGGAGGGCACAGACCACCCCUGAUCAUGUUCUGCUUCUCCUGCUGAAUUCCAAGGGUGCUGUGGCCAGUUCCGCAACUUGCUUGCAGCUGCACAAGCGAGCAGAGCGCGUAGCUGCUGGAUUGGUGGAAAAAGCUCGUCUCAGUGUUGGAGAUCAUGUAGCUCUUGUGUAUCCACCUGGCAUUGACCUUAUUGCCACUUUUUUUGGCUGCCUUUAUGCUGGAUGUAUUCCUAUUACUGUGCGCCCUCCACACCCACAAAACCUUACAACCACUCUGCCCACCGUUAAGAUGAUUGUAGAGGUUAGCAAGUCUGCCUGUAUUCUUACUACACAAGCAAUAAUGCGUUUGCUCAAGUCAAAAGAAGCUGCUGCGGCUGUAGACAUCAAGACAUGGCCAACCAUUCUAGACACUGAAGACAUGCCUAAGAAGAAAAUAGCACGUGUGUUUCGGCCAACAUCACCGGAGACUCUGGCCUAUCUAGAUUUCAGUGUGUCUACUACCGGAAUCCUGGCUGGAGUGAAGAUGUCUCAUUCAGCCUGCAGUGCCUUAUGUCGGUCCAUUAAGCUGCAAUGUGAGUUGUAUCCAUCUCGCCAAAUUGCCAUCUGCCUAGAUCCAUACUGUGGCUUGGGAUUUGCCCUUUGGUGUUUGUGCAGCAUUUAUUCUGGACACCAGUCCAUCCUCGUGCCCCCUCUAGAGCUGGAGAGCAAUGCAUCCCUGUGGCUUAGUGCAGUUAGUCAGUACAAAGUACGUGUCACCUUCUGCUCGUAUUCUGUCAUGGAGAUGUGUACCAGAGGCCUGGGAACACAGACUGGCACCUUGAAGUCACGGGGUGUGAAUCUGUCCUGCGUGCGUACAUGCAUGGUGGUAGCAGAGGAACGACCGCGUAUCGCACUUGCACAGUCAUUUUCGAAGUUGUUCAAGGACUUGGGACUGUCCACCAGAGCUGUGAGCACCACGUUUGGCUGUCGGGUCAAUGUGGCCAUCUGUUUACAGCCCAACAGACUGGGCAAGCUUGCUGACCAGGGCACUGCUGGUCCUGACCCUACCACUGUCUACGUAGACAUGCGGGCCCUACGUCAUGACAGAGUUCGCCUGGUGGAGAGAGGUUCCCCACACAGUCUACCGCUCAUGGAAUCAGGAAAGAUUCUUCCUGGUGUGAAAGUCAUUAUUGCACAUACAGAGACCAAAGGACCACUUGGAGACUCUCAUUUAGGGGAGGUUUGGGUGAGCAGCCCACAUAAUGCCAAUGGUUAUUACACUGUGUACGGUGAGGAGGCUUUGCAUGCUGAUCACUUUAAUGCACGGCUCAGCUUCGGGGACACUCAGACUGUUUGGGCACGGACAGGAUAUCUUGGAUUUCUCCGAAGAACAGAGCUGACUGAUGCCAGUGGAGAGAGGCACGAUGCUUUGUACGUGGUUGGUUCUCUCGAUGAGACAUUGGAAUUACGGGGUAUGAGAUACCAUCCCAUUGACAUAGAAACAUCUGUGAUUCGAUCUCACAAAAACAUUGCAGAAUGUGCGGUCUUCACAUGGACAAACCUAUUGGUGGUUGUAUUAGAGCUGGAUGGGCCAGAGCAGGAAGCCCUGGACCUGGUGGCCCUUGUGACAAAUGUAGUCUUGGAGGAGCACUACUUGAUUGUAGGAGUCGUGGUCAUAGUGGACCCAGGAGUCAUUCCCAUCAACUCUCGAGGAGAGAAGCAGCGCAUGCACCUUAGGGAUGGAUUUCUUGCGGAUCAGCUUGAUCCUAUAUACGUGGCUUAUAACAUGUGAAAUGGUGAUAAGUUGCUUCUUGCCUGAUCCUUCACACGCUGGGUGCUGGGUAAUGAAAGAGCCGAGGGAGGAGACUAACUGAUCGACUAUUACUUCCAUUAUUCGAGGUGCUGGAUUGCUGCUGUCUUCCUUCUCAGGCGAUGUGUCUUCCCAACACCCAGGAAUGUUCCAAGUCACAGAGAGAGGAAGGGGCCUUUUAUUGCCAAGAACUGUUCAGAGCAGAAUGUACCUAGUGACGUUUUACCUCUUACUGUGACACUGGAUGUAGCUUCCUCUCCCCUCCCCUUUAAUGCUGUUCUCCUGGCGCAGCAUACAUUCUGCCCCUCUGUGUUGUGUCGCCUUACAAGAGCCCAAUUUCAUGCAAUAAUGUGAAUCUCCGGAUCUCUUGAAUCUGAGCACAUAUAGUUUUUUUAUAUAUCUAUAUUCAUGGGGGGUGAUCAUGCCUUCCCCCGUGAGCCAAGAUGGACCUGUCCAAAGUUCACCAGCCCUAAGAGAGCUGCUACUUCACUCCUCAUCACUGAACUGAAUGUAAUUAUGUACAUAAACAGUAUAAUUUAUUAAGUGCAUCAGGCUAACAGACAUGACCAUGGUCAGGAAGAUGAGAGGAGAGACCCACUUCAAUUUUAACACUGUAGUUUUUAUAGCAAAAAA